AUGGACGGAUUAAUUGCCAUGCUGCCGGCUCCGAUUCAGAAACUUUCCACUCAUCACGACUAUCAAGGACAAUUAAUCGCUGAACGGACUUUUCAGGUAUUUUUUCUUCGAUUUUUUUUUUCAUAACAAAUACAUGAUGAAAUGUCAAUUGGUUAACUUUCUCAAAUCGAAGUAAUGUAAUAAGCUCAAAAGUACUAAUAAAUUCGAUCCAGAGUCGUAAAAGGAAUAUGAAAAGAAGUGAAACUACCUGUUAAAAAAAUGCCACAAAAGGUUUCAGUUCUAUCCUUCUAACGAGUAGAAAAAAAAAUUACUUCUUGAGGUCAUUUUGAUAUACAUCUUGGAGCUUCAUAGAUUUAUUCAAACACCUUUUAUUAAACUGAAAAUUGAUACUACAUAUUUGCUAUAUGAAAAAAAAUUCGUUUUUCGAUGACCUAAAGUUGAUCAUUAAAAAUUAUAAAAUGCAUAAAAAACUUUCCUUCAAGUUUAGACUGCAUGGACUGACAAUUUGUGAUAUUCAAAUCAGUGUUUUUUUUUCAAUUUUCUGCACAGUUCGAUAAACGUUUACCUAAAGUAUUCCUAAGGUGAUAAUGGUGCUUGGCGGGAUAAUCGGGUUCGUCGUCGGCUUUUACACUCAGCAACUCUCCAACGGCAUCUUCGUCGUCAUUGGCUCCGCCAUCUUUUCAGCACUUAUUGUAUUGCCGCCUUGGCCUUUUCUUUUCCGCAAGAACCCUAUCCAGGUUCGUUUCGAUGUUUUUCUCAUUUAAACCAUCACACGAUUUCAGUGGCAACCUGUGCAACCGAAGGAGGAAUCUAAAAAGAAAAAAUAA